CCCCUUUACACCCCCCCGGCUCGGCCGGCUGCCUCCCGCUGCUCCCGCGGGGCUGUGCCUGUGCCGCAGCUCACAGAGCUCCUGGGAUGGGGCUCUUCACCAAGAAGCAGAAGCUUCCCCGCUCUGGCAGCGCUCCUGGACAGCCCUGCGGUGCUGCCGCUGCCGGCACCGGCGCCCCUGAGCCUCAGUACCAAGGUCUGGGCAGGCUGCACCGCGCGGCUGCCCGCGGCCACCUGGCCUGGCUGAGGCGCUGGCGCUGGUGGAUGGAGAUUUGGGGCAUCGACCGCCGCGACAGGGAGAAUCGGACACCUCUCCAUCUGGCGUGUGCCAACGGCCACACAGAGGUCGUCACAUUUCUCGUAAGGCACCGCUGCCAGUUGGAUGCUGCUGACAAUUUUGGGACAACACCCCUGAUGAUGGCAGUGCAGUUCCAGCACCAAGCCUGUGCUGGUUUUCUGCUGAAGUGUGGUGCAGACCCAAACCUCAGAGACUUUGUCGGCAACACCGCCCUCCACCUGGCAGUCCUGUCUUGCAAUCUGAAAGUUGUGGAGCUGUUAGUCGAUCAUAAUGCCAAUCUUGAUGCCAAGAAUAAGGAGGGCUUCACCCCACUCAGUCUUGCUGUCUCCAAAGGUCAGGCAGAGACAGCUGAGUUUCUCCUGAGAAUGGGAGCUGAUGUGCAUGCUCGAGACCAGCAACAAAGAACCCCACUCAUGAUGGCUGCUUCUGUUGGGAAGAUGAAACUGAUCCGAGUUCUCCUGCAUCACGGUGCUGACAUUUCCCAUAAAGGUCCUUAUGGGCUGACAGCUGCUGAUUAUGCUUGUAAUUAUGGGUAUCCCAGGAUUAGUGAGAAACUGUCAGAAAGUGCAGCUCCAAAGAAGGGAGAAGCAGCUCGUGCAGGAGUAGAAGACUCUUCCAAAGGAGGCUUGAAAAGAUCUGAGAAAAAGGGGAUUGGUGAUGGUUGGAGUGCUUCUGCAGAACAGUUGGAUUUGACUCCCAAGAAGCAGCAGGAGCCAAAGGUGACACGGUGCAUGAAGGCUUUCCAGCAGGGCAGGAAAACCAGUUCCCUGCCACCCGUGGAAGAAGUGGAGAAAGCUGAGGAUUUUCUCUGGACUUCUCCCUGGGAUUCUGAGGAAAAAACACCUGAACAACAUAAAGAAGAAGAGAAGAAAGAACUUGAUGUAGAGCUAAAAACUGCCAUUGCUGGAUGUACAGAAAAGUACUUCUUAAAUGGCAGCCCUGAUGAGCCCAACACAACUUGCAGUGAAAACAGUGGUGAGCACUCAGGAUCUACUUUCCAUGUGUCAUCACCAGCAGAAAAAAAGAGUCCUAAAGGAAGCCAGCCCAUUCUGAGAGACCUUCCUGUUGCUCAAAAGUGUCGGGAACUGGAAGAGCAGCAGCUUCGAUAUGAGCAUCAGAUUCAUGGCUACAAGGAUAGGAAAAGAAAACUAAGAGAGAAGUCCCAAAAACUGAAAGACCUCCUGUCAUCAUCUUCUGAGACCAGGGCUACAGUAAAAGAGCUGGAAGAGCGUGUGCAGUGCCUUUCCAUGGAAAAUGCCAGACUGGAAGGCACAGUCCAGCAGCAAAGACGUAUGAUUGAAGCCCUUGAGGGAACCCUGCAAGCCUCUGCCUCAAUUCAUGACCGCCUGGAAGACUUGAUGACCAGCUUAGGAGCUUCACGGGCAGCUGCAGAGGAGCAGCACCAGCAGCAGCUGCAAAAGCAGAUUGUGCCAUCUCUGCCAUCAAAGGAUUUGCACAGCGUGAGGAAAAAGAGGCUGAAGCCAAGAUUGCACCCUGGAGACCACGGUUCUCCUCUUGGAAGGAGAAAGAAUGAACUCUUGAAACAGCUUGAUGAACUUUUUUGGAAGCUGGAGUUAGAGCCUGAGGCAGGCAUGCAGGGAGAAAUCCAAACUCAGGCCUCAGGCUCAGUGAGCAGAGAUGUCCAUCCUGGGGAGGAACCAGGAGCAACUGGAGAAGCCCUAACAGCAGCUGCAUGCAGAGGAGCAGGCAGCUUCCCAGGACAGACUGGAACAGAGCAGAGCCCAUGACCACGAUGCAGAGAGAAAGCUGCUCUUUUUCAGAAUUGGAGACCUUGAACAGGAAUUGGAAAGUAAGAAGUGCACGCUGAGAGAGAACAUCGUUCAAAUACAAGAAUAUGAACAGCUGUAUCUGGAGGAAGUGAAAAAGACAAGAUGCCUACAAAAUGAACUGGAAAGUGCUGAUGUUUCCCAUGAAGACACUGCUGGGCUGACAGCUGAGGAUUAUGCUUUUAUUCAUGGCUAUUCCAGGCCUCCAAACUUGAAACUUUGCCGACCGCUCAUUGGGAUAUCAUCAUUUCCUUACGCCUCCCACUCCACAACAAGCACCAUGUUGUUCUCCUCAGUAUGUGUGCCCCAAGCCUCCAAGCUGACCAUGCAGAAAAAGUCAAAUUCUACACCCACCUGCACUGCCUCACCCAAAAGGUUCCUGCAGAUGCUCAGAUCAUAAUCCUUGGUGACUUCAACACCGGAGUAGGAAAGAACUAUGAAGUCUGGAAAGGAGUCCUGGGCAAGCAUGGUGUUGGAAACUGUAAUGACAACGGACGUCUCCUGCUGGAGUUUUGUGCUGAGCAGCAGCUCACCAUCACCAGCACUCUCUUCCAGCAGAAAGACAGCCUGAAGACAACCUGGAAGCAUCCUGGAUCCAAGCACUGGCACCUCA